AUGAAAGUUCCCCCAGUUUUGUUGAUUGACUUGUACUAUCGUAUUCGUAUCCAUUAUAUGACUAUUAUAAUGGUUAAUUUGAUGUUUGGUGGCUUCAUAAUCCCGAAAUGUAAGUUUCGUGUUGCUCUUCUUCCUUCAACAGAUUGCCUCAAACAUUAUUCUGCUUAACUGUAGUGUUUUUUGCAGUAUAUAUGCCUGCUUGGUUGGACUAGGACCGAUUGGACCGACCAAAUUAAUUGACCGACUCGUUGACUUUUAUUUUUUUUAAUAACAUUUUCCUUGUAUUUUUGUAAGUUUUAACUGAACUGACUGAAUUACUGACCUAUUUGGUCGUCUCGGUUAUGAAUUUCUUUUUCUUAUUUGGUUGGUUCGGUUUCGGCUAGGGUUUUUUAUUCGGUCGGUUCAGUUUUGAGCACUCCGUCAAGCGGUUAAUUUGGUUUGACAACCCAACCGAUCGAAUGCUCAUCCCUAGAGAUUGGAUUGUCUGUGAGUUUCUUGCUUCUUGGUGGCCGAAGGUAAUUAUUAACCAAUGAGUUUUAAAUGUAAGGAUAUUUAAUUUUUCUUCAAUUCUCUCAAAAAUUUGUUAAUGAAGUCCGCGAAACUAUAGAGCUUGACGGAUCAAAGAUUCUCUAGUAGGCUUGCCCGGAAUAACUGGAUUAUCUACUGAGCAACGCAAAUGACUGACUAUAGCAGUGGAGAGCAGUGAAGAAUGUAGUUGAAACCGGUCAAACAGUUGUGUGCACCAUCCACCAGCCAAGUAUUGACAUUUUCGAGGCAUUUGAUGAGAAACUACCAGCAACAUGUGUUCAUCAUGAUUGGUUCAAUGUACGCAUCAAUAAUCUUCACCGGCAUAACUAAUUGCUCCUCAGUCUGGCCAUAUGUUUCCACAAAAGGGACUGUAGUAUUAUACCGGGAAGGAUUUGCAGGAACGUAUUUUCCAUGGGCAUAUGCAUUUGCUCAGGUACAGAUCCAUCUUACUCAUCAUUGAUAUUUGUCUUCCUUGUUUGAGUAACUUGAUUUUUGGUAUUGUUCACUGUAGCAAUCAUCUAUCUCAUCAUUACAUAUCCUAUGAUCGGUUAUUCCAUGUCUGCUUACAAGAUAUUUUGGGCAUUUUAUGGAUUUGUCUUACAUCUUGGAUACUAAAUAGUUUGCUCAUCACGCAGUCUGGAGAUAUUGAUUAAAAAUAUUAGUAUUUGGUGAGACCAAAACUGUUUGAGUCUUUUUACAAGAUUAAGUUUGGCUAUCACCUUGACUUUUCAGGGGUUGUUAUCAUCAUUUUUCCUUUUCUCUGCUUCUCUUUUUGCAUUUUCCACUGGAAAACUUAACUUCAAACGAAGAUAAUAUGUUCAAGUAUGUCUAAUUACUACGUAUAAUCUAGUUUCAUCUCAAUAUCCGGUGCACAACAUUUGCAGACGGGAACACUCAUGAACAAGUGAGAAACCGAACUGCUGUCUUCAGUUCCCUAAAUAAGACUAUAUCUUUCUCUACUUCUCCAUAUUGGAAGUAGAAGCCAUCUAGGGACCGUGCAUUGCGGCAAAGAUCUUUUAGAGAAAUUCUUACAAUAGAUUCUAUCAACCAUGUCAUCCUCAGACAAAGUCCAUGAAAUUAUAGUACAUGAAAAUUAUGCAAUACCAGUAAACGUAAUUUACUAUAUUCAAUCAUUUAACGAUGUAGUUUUACUGGUUUUGUCUAUGUAUGAUGUGGUUGAUAAGUUAUUUAAGUAUUAAAAAAAAUCAGAGAAUUGGUUGAUGUUUUUUAUAGUUAUGCCUUUGUCUUCAAAGAACAUUGCAUUCAAUUGGAAACUGUGUAGGCCAAUCAAUGUAAUACUCCACAUUUUAAUUUCCUAAGCAACUUUUUUAUCUUCCAAAGCAACUUUUUUAAUUUCCAAAGCAACAAGUGGUUUUAUUACUAUUAUGAAGGGGUUAUGGGGAAUGCAUAGAGUAUUCCAACUCAUAAUUUACUAGCCUUUAAGAUAAACAGUGCUCAUUCACUCUCAUUAAACAGCAGCAAAGUGAUUUGCACAUUAAGCUUUAUACUAAUGAGUUCUUAUCCUCUAAGCGACGACGGAAGGAUGAUGAUGUUUAAAUCAAAAACACCCCAUUUUUUCAAGAUUAUCCUUGAUGAUGUCCUCGGCGAUGGAAAGCUUUACAUUCCAAGAAAAUUUGUCAGACUGUACGGAAACAAUCUGCCACUUUCAGUAGUCCUGAAAGUUCCAGGUGGUGCCAAAUGGAAAUUAGAAUUAGUGAAAUCUGAUGGUGAGAUUUGGUUUCAGAAUGGCUGGCAAGAGUUUGUGAAGUAUUACUCUAUAGCUUAUGGGUCCUUUCUAGUUUUUGAAUACAAUUAUACAAAUUCUCAAUUCAAUGUGACGAUAUUUGAUACGAGUACGUUAGAAAUAGAUUAUCCAUUAGACAUCACUAUCAGAAACAAUGAAGAGUCUCAUCUUGAGACACAGAUUCAUGACGAAACGGAAAUCUUGAGUCACAAAACAAAAGGGAAAUCAACAUUACUAUUUCCUCACACACCUAAUAAGAAAAUCAAGUUAGAGAGGUCCACCCGAAAAGAAGAAGGAAAUAGAGCAGAAACAUUGACAGCUGAAGUAAAAUCUAAAGCACUUAAAAUAGCAGCUUCUAAUUUCAAAUCUAAAAACCCUUUCUUCAUGGUUGCAAUGCGCCCAACUUAUCUUCAUCGGCGUGCUAAUUAUAGACUGUCUAUACCAGCAAACUUUGGGAAGACAUAUUUCAACAAGCAACAAGGCAGUGCCAUCCUUCGUAUUGAUGCAAAUUUAUGGCCUGUUGAGUACAAGUGUUACGCCUCCGUUGGAAGAGCAACAUUGAAUAAAGGUUGGAAAGAAUUUGCAAUCAUAAAUCAUUUAGAAAUUGGAGAUGUUUGCGUCUUUGAACUGAUUGACCCGACUAAUACAACAUUGGAAGUCGCCAUUUUUCGACAUAUCAAAGAAGCUAUAAAGAGCCCAUCACUUGGAAACAACAAGAAAAUGAAACAAGAAGAGAGGUGUGGUGAUGAGAAGUCUGUCCACAGGCAUUUAUGCUUAGAUUUUUCUAAAGCUGUUGAAGCUGCCAACAAAUUUACAUCAGUGAAUCCGUUCUUCAAAGCGAAUAUAUCAUCUAGCCUUAGCACAGUGAGUAUACCGCUCGAGUUCGCGGUGAAAUGCAGCAAGAAAAACACAGAGAAUGUAUGGUUACAAAUUGGAAACAGAAUGUGGGCUGUCAAAUUAAUUAUCAACCGUGCAUCUUAUGGUCGAGGUUGGUUGUCUGCAGGAUUCAGUCUGUUUGCAAAAGAAAAUUGUCUGAAAGCAGGAGAUGUUUGCAUUUUUGAGUUGAUCAAUACUGAAAUGCUUUUGCUAAAAGUUUCCAUUUUCAGAAAUAUUGAGAAAUAAUUUGUGUGGUUUUUUAUGCUAAAACUGAUAUGUUAUGCAAACCAACUUUAUGGCUCUGUAACUAUUUAGAAUUUGUUUGUAAUGGAUAGUCGAAAGUUCGUAGAGUUCGAUUUGCUAUUAUUUUGC